AUGCAAAGUAAAGAAGUGGUAGAAAAGUGUGAUCUUGCUAUUUCCAAGUGGUUUAUAGAUGCAUCUAUUCCUUUCAAUGUUGCAAAUUCACCGUAUUUUCAACCUGCAGUUGAUGCUCUUUGUUGUAUGGGUGCUGGAUAUAAAGUUCCUACCAUGCAUGCUCUUCGUGGUAAUUUGAUAAAUAAGUGGGUUGAUGACGUGAAGAUACAGAUAGAGCAAUAUCGUUCUAUUUGGAAGGAUACAGGUUGUACUCUUAUGGCAGAUGGGUGGACUGAUCGUUGUAGGAGGACUCUUAUCAACUUUUUAGUUUAUUGCCCCAAAGGAACUGUUUUCAUAAAGUCUGUUGAUGCCUCUGGUGCUUCUAAAACUGCAGACACAUUAUUUAAGCUUUUCAAGGAAGUAGUGUUGUAUGUUUGUCAGGAAAAUGUUGUUCAAAUCAUUACAGAUAAUGCUGCGAAUUAUGUUGCUGCUGGAAAGUUGUUGGAAAGGGAGUUUCCUAAGUUGUUUUGGUCUCCUUGUGCAGCACAUUGUAUUAAUUUGAUGUUGCAAGACAUGGGGAAAUUAGAGGAAGUAAGUGAGGCAGUAACCAAGAAGAAACAAAAUUAUGAUCCUAUUAACUUUGAAACACUUGGUGAUCAUUCUAAUUGGGUGCUGGAGGAUUCCCCGCCAUUCUUGACCAUUGAGGAGGUGGAAGCGCUACGCAAAGAUCUUGCUAGUAUGACAAUCCAACCUAUUUCAAAUGAUAUUGAUGAAUUAAAUUUGGAUGAGCUUGAUGUUGAGGGAAAUGCACCACUUAACUCCGAAGAAAACAACCAAAGUAAUGAUAUCAUUGAUGGGGAAGAUGUUGCAAAUGCGAUUGAUUUUGUCGGAGAUGGUUUUGAUAUUGAAGGAGAUCCCAACAUUGAGAUAAUUUUACCUCCUUGGAACUAA